AUGGCUUCUCCUCCCGACGACUACCUUGACGACCCCCGGUUCAGUAGAAUCUUUGAGUUACCACCAGACCCAUCUCGUGGUCGCGACGCCCCAUUUAAGGUCAAGUAUGCUGAUUACGGCUAUCGUAACGAGGCUCAUCCGGAGCAAGAGCAUGUACUGCUCUUCUUUAGCCCGUUGAUGGGCUCGCGCUUGCUUCACGUCGCCAAGGAUGCGCUGGCCAAGAGGCACAAGACUCGAAUAAUCAGCCCAGACAGACCUGGGAUUGGGGGAACUGACCCGGUCGACGCGAAGGACAGGUUGCGCGUUUCGCGAGAGGUCAUCAUUGAGCUGCUUCGGCAUCUCGGCAUACAGCACGUUUUUCUUGCGUGCCAUAGCGGUGGCACUGUCUACGCCCUCGACAUGCUCGUACAUCAUCCUGAGAUUCUUCACCCAGAGAUGCCCUAUCUUGCAAUCGGGGGCCCUUGGAUAUUACCUUCGCACACAGGCUCGAAACUUCUUUCCCUCGCCCGCAGCCUUCCUGUGCAGGUCCUUGGUCAAACCGACACGUUUGUAAAGCUCAUAAACAACCAUGUCGGCCCCAUGAUAGGCACGAGCUUGGGACUUAGCACAGGCCUAGCCGCUAAACUUGGAUCAAAUACGGCCGGACAUGAUAGAACCGCUGCCAAUACGUCCAAUCAGGAAGCCGAUUUUGAGGAACGGAUCUGGGACAAGGUAAUGGAACGCAUCUACGAGGAAGGGGUGCAGGGACUAUCUCCAGAGGCAAUACUUCUUUUGCAAAAGGUUGAUGGUGCAGAUGGCUGGGGUGACUGGAGGGACUAUGAUACGCUCGUGCCGCGUCUUGUGGAGGCUCUACGUUCUACAGGGAGCACACUGAACGUGGUUGUGUUUUAUGCCGAGAAGGAUCUAUUAAUCGGUGAUGGAGACUCCAAGGGCCCGUUGUGGUUUGAUCGGUGCUGGGACGCCCCAGAUCAAAGAGAUACGAUCAACUACUAUCGAGAGAUAAUUAGGGGCUCUGACCACAAUGGGAUAUGGAAUCUAGGAUGUGGUACCGUACAGCAGGUGUUUGCACAGAUUGACCGACUGACCGUCAACCUCGCCCAACCAAUAGUCUGA